CCCAAUGAAAAUCAAAUAUUCAGUAAUUCAAAAAUAAAUAAGAUUGACAUAUUUACUAUAUAUGUAAUAUGAUGUAUUCUUGAACAUAACCUAAAAAAAUCAGUCGCUAUGUUACAAACACGUGAUUUUUAAUAUCUCAAUUCAAAUAACGUGUAAAAAUUUUGAAAUCACAAUGAAGACACAAAAUUGGAAAGAAUUAGAAGUGCCUUUAAGCGAACCUGUAUUAAAAACUAUCGAGGAAUUAAACUUCCUUAAUAUGACACCAGUACAGGCGGCUUGUAUUCCACUAUUAUUGAAAGGUAAAGAUGUUGCUGCAGAAGCAGUAACAGGUAGUGGAAAGACUCUUGCUUUCAUAGUUCCUUUACUAGAAAUUUUACAGAAACGAAAAGAAAAAUGGAAGCCUACAGAAAUUGGAGCAAUAAUAAUCAGUCCUACAAGAGAGCUAGCUGUACAAAUAAAUGAAGUUCUACAAAAGUUUUUAAACAAUAUCCCACAUUUAAAACAAAUAUUACUUGUUGGAGGUGGAACAAUUGCAGAAGAUGCAGAAAAGCUUAAAGCAGCUGUGAACAUCAUUGUGGCAACACCUGGUAGAUUAGAAGAUAUAUUGUGCAACUGUAAGGGUAUAAAUUUAGCAGCACGUGUGAAAUCAUUGGAAAUAUUAAUCUUAGAUGAAGCUGACAGAUUAUUAGAUUUAGGUUUUUCUGCAACAUUGGACACAAUAUUAAAUUAUUUACCACGUCUUAGAAGAACAGGGUUAUUCUCUGCAACACAGACAAAAGAAUUGCAGCAGCUUAUCAGAGCAGGAUUAAGAAAUCCAGCUUUGGUAUCUGUUAAAGAGAAAGCAAAUAUUUCUACACCAUCAAACUUGAAAAACCAUUACACUAUUGUGGAUCCAGAAUACAAAUUAUCUGUAAUGAUAGACUUUAUUAGACGAGAAGGAACUAAUUCGAAAUAUAUGAUCUUUUUAUCUACCUGUGCAUGUGUUGAUUAUUUCAGUCACGUUAUACAAGCAAUGCUGCCUUCAGUUCAAAUCCUUGCAAUACAUGGCAAAAUGAAGGGCAAGAGGUACAAAGUAUUUAAUGAUUUUCGAAAUAUCAAAAGCGGUAUUUUGAUUUGCACGGAUGUAAUGGCUCGUGGUGUUGAUAUUUCGGAAGUAGAUUGGGUAUUACAGUACGAUCCCCCUUGUUCAGCUAGUAGUUUUGUGCACAGAUGUGGCAGGACUGCUAGAAUUGGCAAUGAAGGAAAUGCACUAUUAUUCCUUUUAGAAACAGAAGAUGCAUAUAUAAAUUUUAUUAAAAGAAAUCAAAAAGUAGAUUUACAAAAUAUGAUCUUGGAACCAUCUAUGAUUUCGUACGAAAAAUGUAUAAAAUGUAUGAGAAAAUUACAAAAACAGGAUCGACUUAUUCUUGAUAAAGCAAACAGAGCGUUCGUAUCUUACGUGCAAGCGUACAAUAAACACGAAUGUAAUUUAAUACUAAGAUUGAAAGAUAUCGAUUUAGGAAAACUUGCAAUGAGCUUUGGUCUCCUACGAAUGCCUCGAAUGCCCGAACUUAAAGGAAGAGAUACGUCGUCUUUCGAACAAGAAGACAUCGAUACUAAUUCAAUUCCCUAUUCAAAUAAACAAAAGGAACAAAAUCGUUUAGAAAAACUGAAGAUCUUCCAAGAUAGCGGAGUGUGGCCUACAAGACACAAACGCAAACACAAAGAAACCGAACCUUGGUCUGAAGCAAAAAAGAAGAAACUGGACAGACAAGAGAAUCGUAAGCAACGAAAGGAGAAGAAAAUGAAACAGAAAAUGUCAACGAACCCGAUAAAAAAACAAAAAAGAAAAAUAAACGAACAAGAUAUCGAAGAACUAGCAAAGGAUAUAGCGUUAAUUAAAAAAUUGAAGAAGAAAAAGAUUUCUCAAGAAGAAUUUGACGAAGCUUUCGAGAAAUAAUCGAAAUACGGCAUAUGAAAUAUAUGCUAUUACUUAAUAUGUUUUUGUACAUUUGUAUAUACAAAAUAUUAUCAUCGAGUAUAGUGAUAAGGUAAACAAUCGCAUAAAGAUAUUAUAAUGUGAGAUCCUAUAGACAUCACGACUUCCUUUGAACAAUCCCAUUCAUCGUAUUUUACGUCCUUAUCUAUUAUACAGAUAAGAAUCUUAUCCUCGUAUCUAUAUCCUUAUCUGGUAUACAAAUACGGAGUGAAUAAAAAUAAAUCGUUACAAUCGGACUAUAUAUUUAAUUUAAUGGUGUAAUUUAUACUUCAAAGUUUUACGCGUUAAAAAACUCUUUAUCAUAAUACUUUCUUCUUGAAAACCAAGCAUCAUUAGUAUACGUACUGUAUAAUAUGGAUAGUAUAUGCAUACGUGU